AUGAACGCAACUCAGUUGUUGUCGAUCUUGGAAGACCCGGCACAGUUUGCCGAAAAGGCCCCGCUGAUACAGCAGGACUUGCUUCUGUUGGUGAAGAGCCAGGAGAUGCAGAUACACAACUUGUCUGUGGAGCACCAGACGGCUUGUGAAGCCAAUAAGGCGUUUAAGGUGGCUCUUUCUGAGAUUGGUACCGUUGUGAUAUCUGUUGCCAUGGGCGAUUUGUCCAAGAAGGUUGAAAUCCAUCCUGUUGAGCUGGACCCAGAGAUUCUUAAAGUGAAAAUUACCAUUAAUACUAUGAUGGACCAGCUUCAGGCCUUUGCCAACGAAGUUACUAAGGUCGCCACUGAGGUUGCCAACGGUGAGCUAGGAGGCCAGGCCAAGAACGAAGGCCUGGUGGGUAUCUGGCGUUCCUUGACCGAUAACGUGAACAUUAUGGCUCUUAAUUUGACAAACCAGGUGCGUGAAAUCGCCGACGUGACUCGUGCUGUCGCCCAGGGUGACUUGAGUAGAAAGAUUAAUGUCCAUGCCCAAGGUGAAAUCUUGCAGUUGCAAAUGACAAUCAAUACCAUGGUGGAUCAACUUCGAAAGUUUGCUUUCGAAGUGUCCAAAGUGGCUCGUGAUGUCGGUGUCUUGGGUAUUUUAGGUGGACAGGCUUUCAUUGAAAAUGUCGAAGGUAUUUGGAAAGAAUUAACUGAUAAUGUCAACGCUAUGGCUUUGAAUUUGACUACUCAGGUGAGAAACAUCGCCAACGUCACCACCGCUGUGGCUAAAGGUGAAUUAUCGAAGAAGGUUACUGCUGAUUGUAAAGGUGAGAUUUUAGACUUGAAAUUGACCAUCAACCAGAUGGUGGAUCGAUUGCAGAAUUUUGCUUUAGAAGUUACUACAUUGUCCCGCGAGGUCGGUACGUUAGGUAUUUUGGGUGGCCAAGCCAACGUCAAGGACGUUGAGGGCGCCUGGAAGGCUGUCACAGAAAACGUCAACCUCAUGGCCACGAAUUUGACUAAUCAGGUUAGAUCUAUCGCUACGGUUACUACUGCUGUCGCCCAUGGUGACUUGUCUCAGAAAAUUGAUGUUCACGCCCAAGGUGAAAUCUUACAAUUGAAGAAUACUAUCAAUAAAAUGGUGGACUCUUUGCAACUUUUCGCUUCUGAAGUGUCGAAGGUUGCUCGUGAUGUCGGUAUUAAUGGUAAGUUGGGUAUCCAAGCUCAAGUCAGCGAUGUCGAUGGUUUGUGGAAGGAAAUUACAUCCAAUGUCAAUACUAUGGCUUCUAACUUGACCUCGCAAGUGAGAGCUUUCGCUCAAAUUACUGCUGCUGCUACCGAUGGUGACUUUACUAGAUUUAUUACUGUUGAGGCUUCUGGUGAAAUGGAUGCCUUGAAGACGAAGAUUAACCAGAUGGUGUUUAACUUGAGAGAAUCGAUUCAGAGAAACACUGCUGCUAGAGAAGCUGCCGAGUUGGCAAACAGCGCCAAGUCCGAGUUCUUGGCCAACAUGUCUCACGAGAUCAGAACGCCUUUGAACGGUAUUAUUGGUAUGACACAAUUAUCUUUAGACACUGAGCUUACGCAAUACCAGCGUGAAAUGUUGAGUAUUGUGCACAAUUUGGCUAACUCCUUGCUUACGAUUAUUGAUGAUAUUUUGGAUAUUUCCAAGAUUGAAGCUAACAGGAUGACUGUCGAGCAAAUCGACUUCUCCUUGAGAGGUAACGUUUUUGGAGCUCUCAAAACUCUUGCUGUGAAAGCGAUCGAAAAGAACUUGGAUCUUACGUACAGAUGCGAUUCAUCCUUCCCUGAUAACUUGAUUGGUGAUUCCUUCAGACUUCGACAGGUUAUUCUUAAUCUUGCCGGUAAUGCCAUCAAGUUCACCAAGAAGGGUAAGGUUAGUGUGAGUGUGAAGAAGGCUGAGAGAAUCCCUGAAGAGGCCAAUAAGCUUCUCUUGGAGUUCUGCGUUAGUGAUACAGGUAUCGGUAUCGAGAAAGACAAGUUGGGAUUGAUUUUCGACACUUUCUGUCAGGCUGAUGGUUCUACUACCAGAAAGUUUGGUGGUACCGGUUUGGGUUUGUCUAUUUCUAAACAGUUGAUUCAAUUGAUGGGUGGUGAAAUCCGGGUCACUUCUGACUACGGUCAUGGUUCUAAUUUCUCAUUCACAGUGAGUGUGUCUCCUUCAAAGAUUAGAUACACGCUGGACUCGGAACAACUCUUACCUUUCAGAGGCCACUACGUUUUGUUUGUUUCUAGCGAGCAUACCGAAAACGAACUUCAGGAGUUGAAGAAUGGAAUCAUGGAAUUGGGCUUGAGUCCUGUGAUUGUCCGUGAUAUUACUGACGUCAACUUCGAAGAGCCUAUCCAGUAUGACAUUAUCAUGAUUGACUCGAUUGAAAUUGCUAAGAGUUUGAGACUACGAUCCGAGGUUAAGUACAUCCCAUUGGUUUUGUUGCAUCAUUCGAUUCCUGAAUUGAAUAUGAGAGUGUGCAUUGAUUUGGGUAUUUCCUCCUAUGGUAACACACCUUGCACCAUUUCCGACCUUGCCAGUGCCAUAAUACCGGCAUUGGAGUCGAGGUCUAUUGCACAGAACACUGAUGAUUCUAUCUCAUACAAGAUUUUGCUUGCCGAGGAUAACUUAGUCAAUCAGAAACUUGCUGUUAAGAUUCUUGAGAAGCAAGGCCAUCAAGUUGAAGUUGUGGAGAAUGGUCUUGAAGCAUUCGAGGCUGUGAAGAAUAGCAAUUACGAUGUGGUUCUCAUGGAUGUCCAGAUGCCUGUGAUGGGAGGUUUCGAAGCCACAGAAAAGAUCAGACAAUGGGAAAAGAAGUCGAACCCUAUCGAUUCGUUGAGUUUCCGUACUCCUAUCAUCGCCUUGACAGCUCACGCUAUGUUGGGUGAUAGAGAGAAAUCUCUUGCAAAGGGUAUGGAUGACUACGUUUCCAAGCCUUUGAAGCCCAAGUUGUUGAUGCAGACGAUUGGAAAGUGCAUUCACAAUAUCAAGCAGUUGAAGGAAUUGUCUAAGCAGAACAACAACAAUCGCACGUCUAACUUUGCAAAGAACUUGAAGAAGGGAUCCAUAAAGAACUCCGAACACGAACCCAAGCUUAUCACCCUUUCCCUGUCGCCAACGAAAGGAUCGAGUACCAAUGGAAACGGUACUCCAGAUAGCCCGCAUCUCAGGACAUUCUCUAGGAAAUCCGAUGGGAACUUAGAUGUGAUUCGUCCGGGUGCCUUGGCUAUCGAGCACCGGAGCAUGACUGAAAGCUCAGUACCAACGAAAAAGGACUCUGAGUAA